GUGGCAGAUGUCCUAGGCGAACGAUGUCAACGGUCCCCAACCCACUCCCCGCCUCCUUCCUACGAGGCGGCACCUCCAAAGGCAUCUUCAUCAACGCGAAACACCUCCCCGCCGACCGUGCUGCUUGGGCGCCCAUCUUCCUCCGCAUCAUGGGCUCUCCGGACCCGGAACACGGCAGACAGCUCGACGGCAUGGGCGGAGGCGUCUCGAGCCUCUCCAAGGUUUGCGUCGUCGGCGCUCCAACGCCGGAGCAGAAAGGCGAAGUAGACGUGCAGUACACAUUUUGUCAGGUCGGUAUACGUGACGCGACCGUCGACUACUCGGGCAACUGUGGCAACCUAUCCAGCAUGAUUGGCCCCUUCGCCGUCGACACCGGCCUCGUCUCGCGUACGAAUGAUCUCAAGCUCACGCACGACGAUGCUAAAGGCAUAACUCGCGCAACCGUCCGCACUUUCAAUACCAACACGCAGAAGCGGAUCGACUGCACCUUCCCAGUGUCCGUCUCCUAUCCCGGCCUGGGACCGGAACGCCUCAGCGCGCAGCUCGACCUGCCCCAGACGUCUAUCGCCGGCGUCCCCGGCCAAGCGUCUACCAUCACGCUGGACUUCAUGGCCCCCGGCGGGGCACGGACGGGCAAACUCCUACCAACGGGGAACUCCGCCGAAGACCUCACCCUCUCGGACACAAGCCUUCCUUCCGUUCGGGUUUCGCUCGUGGACGCAACCAACCCAACUGUCUUUGUCGCCGCCUGCACCCUCUCGAAGACCCUGUCCGCGCCCGCGGACCAACCGAUCGAUUACGCCAGCCUAGGCGUGCUCGAGGUGCUCGAGCUCAUCCGCUCUGCGGGCGCGCGAGCUAUGGCUCUGGAUCCCACUGCGCAGGCGCAACCCAAGAUCGCCGUGCUCAGCGCGCCGGUACCGGGAGAAGCCUCCGACGCGCAUAUAGUCGUCCAUGCGCUAUCUAUGGGCGUGCUACAUCGUGCUGUGCCAAUGACUGUGGGUCUCUGUCUGGGCGUCGCUGCAAACAUCGAAGGCACCGUUGCCCACCGGAUCGUCAACUCGUCACUUCAGUCGUCAGCACCAAACACAAAGAUCGUCAGGAUACGCCAUCCUAGUGGCAUGGUUGACGUAGGGGCAGAGUUCGACGCAGACGGCGAGGUGACGAGCGCGAAGGUUGUGCGAACUGGCAGGAGGCUAAUGACGGGCGAGGUGUGGUGGUAAACGAUGCAGGCUGUCAAGUGCGCAACUCUGUGAAUUCGGCUGAGACGCCGUUGUUGCAGUCCGAGCUCGUGCGGUAUAGUGACCUCCUGAAAGGCUGCGGAUAAACACCAAUUGGAUGUCGCCUUCCCACGCUCAUCCCUUAUAAAGACGGAAGUCCCGUUAGCCCCUGAUUUUCGAAAUCGUUGUCAGAGCACACUCAUGCCCCGAAGACGUUCAGCCACUAUCGCCGAGAUCCCGAUGCGGGUAGGGGCUGUGAACAAGCUUCCGGAGGAGUUACUCGGCAUAAUUAUCGCAUACGCCAUGAAGUACACGGGCCCCCAUCCUUGGGCCCCUAUGAACAGCAUCCGACAUCCACAUUUUCAAUUACGAUUUGCAAACGAGACGAAGAGGAGUAUCAUGCUAGUUAGUCGCCGGUGGAACGACAUUGCCAAAUGGCACAUGUACCGCGAGAUUUACAUCCUCGCAUCACCGGCCUUCGCGGGUCUUGGCAACAUCGCAGGCUAUCUCAAAGAACUUGCGAAUACGAGUGACAUUCACCCCCAGCUUUUCGCGAAUAGGACGCAUUCGAUUGAAUUGCACACUUCGAGCUCGUCUCCUGCGCAUGUCACGCAGAUGGCCGGGGUGUAUUUGUGUCGUAUCCUCUCUCGGGUCACCUUGAACCGGUUUGCUACGACUCUCCACGUCGGUUGUGUCCCCUGGCUACCCGUACUCGCCCACCGCAGCGCCAUGACCCUCAC